AUGGCUGCUAAGUUUGAUCUGACAAAAGGUACUCUGAACUUUGCCACACAUGAUUCUCACUACCAACAGCAGAUUUCUGCACCAGAGCAGGGUCCAACCGCAGCGGGCAGGAAUUGGCCACGUGUUUUCUUGACACUAUCGUGCAUUUCAAUGGGGCUGGUGAUUGCUAGUUCCAUAAUUAGUCUUAUGACACUUACCGUUGGCAUUUCAGCAAUUUUUUUGAAUAUAUAUCUUGUAGUAUUGUGCUUCUUCACCCUUACUGCGGAGCUUCGCCAAAUAAAUUGCCUGCGAGGACUCAUAUAUAAUUGGAUAAAGUACCUGUACUUUCUGACCACGUACACUGGCCGGUCUUUUUUUUACAUAUUUUUGGGAACCCUCGCGUUUGGAGGCGGUAUCCUGAACUAUGUGGCGGCAGGCGUGGCGGUUGCUCUUGGUGUCAUCAUGCUUUUUGUGAAUCUUUUUGUUGAUUUGCCAAAGUACGUGGACCCAGAGGUGGUUCGCGAGGAGGAAGCUGCGCGACGGGAGGCUAUGGGGGGUAUGGAUCAGGUUAUUUUUUUCCCAGUAUCCAGACCAGGUGCCAAAGAUAACAUUAGCAACGCUGCUGUGGCUUUCUCUUCUGCUGCCAAUUCGGGCUAUAAGCCACCGGGCAUUAACGAAGGCCCUAACGCACUUUAG